AUGCAUUUUCUUAUACAGAAUUUACUGUUUACGGAAAAUUUUCAAAAAUCUAAUUAUAUUACACGUACUGUUUCUUUCAUAAUGUACUCUAUGUGAAGGCUGAAAUAUUCAAAAAGGUGGAGACAAAAAAGGCCAGCAAAUAGAUUUAGGAGCCACAAGUGACACCCCGGAUGUCGGCAAACCGGAUGUAUUUUGGAGAUAAUGUCAAGUAACUGAAGGUAUGUUGGAGAUGGCAUUUGCACACUGGAGUUGAGGAUGAUGUCUGCACACUGGAUGUGUUGGAGAUGUAACCGAGAAACUAUAGGAAUAAACAACGAAUUACAUGAGAUAACAGUAACCGAAUAAAGAAGAGUUCACACAGAAAUGGCAUACUGUAUAUAUUUGAUCGUAUUACUUUACACGUUACAGUACUCUGUAAACACUGCGCCUGCUGUGAAACAUGAUACUGAGGCUGCUACUAGAACAGACUUAAUUGCGAAAAAAGACUACAGAAUUUAUGAAGGAGAUAUUCGACUAAGCAUUAUCCAAGAAUUGAAGCUAAAGAUUGCUCGCAUUUCAAAGUCCAGAAAAAGACGCUCAACAAUAGCUGCAUAUCCAGAAUACUUAUGGAAGAAUAACAUUAUUUACUACAAAUUUGAUAAUGGCUUCAAUCGGGAAGAACAUGAAAUCAUUAGAGACGCUUUAAGACACUGGAAAAAAAAGUUGAAGGGAUGCCUAAAGUUUGUCCGUCUAGACAAGUAUGUGGGACGAGAGGAGAAAAUCAGAAAAGCUUCUUUCAAUGGCGGUCACGUGCCACAUCUGCUUUUUACACCAAGAAUUCCUGGACCAUGCUGGUCUCAAAUUGGAAGAAUAGACUCUGAGGAUCAAUACACAACAGUUCCUGGUCAACAAUUAAUCGCGCUCAGUCCUGGUUGCACAGAAUUCGGUACAGUCGUUCAUGAGAUAGGACAUGCUGUUGGACUGUGGCAUGAACAAUCAAGAAAAGAUCGAGAUGAAUAUAUCAAAAUUCAAGAAGGAAACAUAGACCGAGGAAAUAAAAGGCAAUUUGCUAUUGCUUCACUCUCUGAAAGUAUGGGUUACGCUUAUGAUUUUUGGUCAAUCAUGCAUUACGGACCCAAUGUGUUCACUAGAAAUGGAAGACCGACGAUAAAAAUUAAACAAAAAUAUCGAUACCUAAAGGCAAAAAUUGGUCAAAGGCUUGGGCUAUCGUUUCUUGAUGUUGCUAAAGUUCGUGCUAUGUAUCAAUGUAACAAACUUCCAAGUGUGGAAAGAAAACUAACUUGUGUAAGCAAGAAAACCAAAGGACAAGAUUACAGGGGGAAGUUAGAUUAUACUGAAAAAGGUGUAAUGUGCCAACCUUGGCAUAAAACAUAUCCAAAUUCACACACAUAUAACUUAAAUAAAGACGGUCUCGGUAAACACAAUUACUGCCGAAAUCCGAAAGGUGAUAAAGAACGACCAUGGUGUUACACAACGUUGUCAAGUAACAAGCAACGAAGCUGGGAAUACUGUGACAUCCAAUAUUGCUGAAACAGUAAACAUAAUCAAUGGAAGAAUGAAAUUUCGUAACUAGUUUAAGUGAUAAAAUGAACGCUGAUAUGUAAAUUUUUGCCCAUGUUAAUAUAAAAAAAGAUAAUGUAUAUACAUUUUUAAAUGCAUCUUGUAUAAAAAAUUAUUGUAAAUAUUAAAAAUAUCUUAUUGAAAGAAACAGAACACAAUAUAUAGAUUUAUCUUUACUUUCUCUGUGUGGACAAACAAUGACUCGCCGCAACGUUGACCCCCCUCCUAUAUAAUAAAAAAAUAAACACAUUAUUAGUUGGUAUUUUAACACAAGCGAAAACCUGGUAGUAAGUGUUUAAAAUUUGCUAGGGCCAUUCUCUAGAGUGGUCGUAGACCGAAAUAAUAAAUGACUGAGCCACGACGUUACUGAAUACCAGGAAAACAGGCGUGCUGAAGUUAGUCACGAUUAUCAUGUCUUAAGAGCACCAUGUAACCAAAUAGCCUAAGAUCCGAAGUCCUACGAUAGGCAUGAACAUUGAUAAGUGAAUUUGAAAAGGUUUUGCGUGUACCUAGUAUAGAAAUAACUCUCAAAACAUGCUAACUAUUGCUGACGUAAGCGUGGUCAUCUUUCUCAAUUGUUGAGGUCCUUGUGGGCGCAGGAGUAGAUUAUUCCGUAGAGCGGACACGUAUGAAAGUGCAACUAUGAAAUUUAAACCCUGCUUUACCUCACCUAGACAUCUGAAAAAGUAGUUGAUGCUUUUUGCC